AUGCUAUUCUUCGAAUCCGAUUACAUUGGCGAAGUCGGUCUCAGCAACUUGAAGCUGUAUCGAUAUGCAUCGGUCGACAAGUCUCCAAUAUCAAAGUAUAUUUUAAAGCCCUAUUUGGACUUGGUCAUUGAACCAUUCCCACUAUGGAUGGCACCGAAUCUGAUAACGCUUUGCGGCUUUGGUUUUAUACUGAUAAAUUUGACGUGUGUGAUUAUAUUUAUACCUGACCUUGUCGGCCCAGGAGCUGCGUGGCUUUAUUUCAGCUUUGCCCUCGGAUUAUGGCUAUACUCAACGUUUGACAACAUAGAUGGACGGCAAGCGCGACGAACUGGAACAUCAUCGCCACUCGGUGAACUUUUUGACCAUGGAUGUGAUGCACUGAACUGCAGUUUGGGAGCAAUCGUCCAAUCGGCUGCCAUGGGACUGGGUCAUUCAUGGUAUUCUGCGUUCUUAUUAGUUUUGACUACCGCUCCCUUUUACAUAUCCACCUGGGAAGAAUAUCAGACGGGUGUUCUCUAUCUUGGAUAUGUCAACGGGCCAACUGAGGGUUUGAUUACUGCUUGUAUUGUUAUGAUAAUAUCCGGCAUUUUAGGGCCUGGAUUCUGGAAAACAGAUUUACAUGAAUUUUUCGGUUCGAAAGCUCCAGACUUUGUACAAGGCUAUACAUUGACGGAUUUGAUGUUUGCUUUCAUCACUACCAUGGUCUUGACUUGCCUUUUGCCAGCCAGCUUUUAUAACGUGUAUCAAGCAUGCCGACGUCAGGAACGCUCAUUUUUAGCUACUCUACCUCAACAUUUAUCAUUUGCGGUCUAUGCUGUUAGUGGAUAUCUAUGGCUAUCAUCACCAUAUUCGAGUAUAUUAGAAGAUCAGCACUUUAUUCUUUUUGCGUUAACGACUGGUAUCGUGUUCGGACGCAUGGCCACAAAGAUUAUAUUGGCACAUGUGACAAAGACACCGUUUCCUAUGUUUACUGUGCAAUUGAUCCCGUUGUUAGUUGGCGCGAUAUUGGCCAACGUUCCUAUCGUCUUUCAUAUUGAUCCAAUCCUAACGCCCAAGAUCGAGUAUUACUACCUUUUGAGCUAUUUCGUCUUUGUAUUGAUUGCAUACAUUUACUGGGCAGUAAUCGUUAUCCGCCAAUUCUGUUCAUAUCUAAAGAUAAGAUGUCUUCAUAUUCCGCAUAGGCAACCAGAGAGUGAAGAUGACGAAGCGGAGAUUUCUUAG